UGUUCAUCCUUGUCUACUCCGGACCACUCAGCUCCCUCCAGUGACGUUCGGCGACGUCCUGAACAAGGGAGAGCUGGGAAGUUUGCACAAUAACCACACCUUUACACCUUGUCUCUUUCUGGAUUAACCAUGCUUUAAGUUUAUACAUAAUAACUUAUGUAAUAAGUAAAAUAAUCUAAAACUGAUGAAAAAUGUAUUCCUCAUCUCUCAACAGAAGUACAUGUUCAAAGGAGUCCUACUGCCAGAUCAGACCAUGUCACACUGAGCUGUAACACCAGCUGUCCUCUAACUGCCUUCAUAUGGCAUAAGAGCAGAAAAUUAGCUCAAGAGCCCAAUAAACCACAGUUAGUAGUUCCUAUCACUUCUGCUGAAAGCUUCUCCUGUGCUGUAAAAGGCUUUGAGGAUCUGCGCUCUGCAGAAGUCUGUGAGUAUGAACACAGGAUGUGGACAGAAUAACAGAAACGGACUACUAUAAUGCAGUUGCUACGUAGUAGUUGCUAAGAAUAGUAAACAUCAAAUUUCAGGUACUGAAGAUGGCAAUUGCUGGACUGUGAACUAUGUCAGCAGAAGGAUCUGUGCUCUGGAACGCUCUUCAGUGAACAUUUCAAGUAAAUAUUCUCAUGUCAACUUCAUGUCAACAAGGUCUAAAUCAUGGUAUAAAAUAAAGAGAAGUGGGAAGGAAGAAGCUGAAGAGCCAAUGAAGCCGGCAGGUCGUGUGGAGUAUGAAGACAACAUGAAUAAUCACCACUUCCUGAAAAUCAAUAGACUGAAGAAGGCUGACUCAGCUGAAUACCAAUUCAGACUCCAGGAAAAUGAAGAAGGAAGGAAACCUGGAGUGACUUUGGUUGUCACAGGGCUGAAGGUGAAGUUUACUCCUUCUGCAGUGGUGACAGAGGACCAGAGAGUCACACUGACCUGCAGCACCAGCUGUCCUCUGACCAACAACACAAACUACAUUUGGUUCUUCAACAGUCGACCUCUGACCCUGACAGAGAACCAAAACAAACACCUGGUUCUAGACCCAGUCAGCAGUCAGCAUGCAGGAAACUACUCCUGUGCUGUCAAAACCCAAAACAGCAACCGCUCUAAUGAAAAGACUCUCACCGUCCACAGUAAAACAGGAAAAUGGAUAACAGCAGCAGCUGCAGGACUCUGUAGUUUUCUCCUGGUUAUAGUAGCCCUCACUGUCUUCUUGUGGUUUAGGUGA